CUAUCAACCACUUUCGUUCACAAUCAAUCAAUAUAUCCAUUCGCUCAUAAUACCAAUAAAUCCACCCACUCGCUUUUAUACAUUCCUAGUUGCCAUCAUGAAUAUCCUCGUCUGCCCCUCUGGCUUCAAAGGGAGCAUCAGCCCCGAGACAGCUGCCGACUGCAUUGAAGCAGGCAUCCUGCAAGCCAUGCCCUCAGCAAAAGUCCGCAAGGUGCCUCUCGCAGACGGUGGAGAGGGAUUCACCCAAGCCCUUGUCUCUGCGACGGGUGGAACAAUCCAUAACCACCGUGUCAUUGGCCCUCUGGGCACACCCAUAGACUCGUAUUAUGGGAUCCUAGGCACCACACCGCCCUUUGAAGCCAAGACGGCUGUGAUCGAGAUGGCUGCGGCUGCUGGGCUUAGCCUGAUCCCUAAGGCCUCUCGAAAUCCAUGCAUAACUACCACGUAUGGUGUUGGCCAGCUCAUUGCCGCUGCACUCGAUGAAGGCGUUGAUCGCAUUAUCAUUGGCUGCGGCGACUCAGGGACCAGCGACGGGGGUGCAGGGAUGCUGCAGGGUCUAGGAGCUAGACUCAUAGACCGUAAUGGGCAGGACCUCCCUCGGGCAGGCGGAGGCCAGUCUCUUAUCUCCCUUGCCGGGAUUGACUUCUCCAAGAUGCAUCCCGGCCUGAGCAAAGUCUCCAUCGAGGCCGUGUGUAACUGGAAGAACGUCCUUUGCGGUCCUGAAGGAGUGGCGCGUGUAUAUGGGCCUCAGAAGGGCGCAUCCCCUGCACAGACGGAAAUGCUUGCAGCUGCACUGGAAACAUAUGCUGUUGUCAUCCAUCGCACGCUCGGGAUCAAGAUAUCGGAUAUGCCAGGGAGCGGUGCUUCGGGCGGACUAGGGGCAGGUCUGCUCCUUAUCGAGGCAAAGCUGCGUCCGAGAUACGAUGCGUUGAUUGAGUACUUCCACCUGGAGGAUAUUUUCAACGACUCGGACCUGGUAUUCACGGCUGAAGGGAUGAUUGAUGACCAGACGCCCAGGGGGAAGAUCCCAGCAGAGGUGGCUCUGCGCACGCAGGAACGGGGGAUACCCCUUAUCGCGCUGGCUGGCACAGUCGGCUGCGGCUCACGGGUGAAUUAUGAAGCAGGAGUUGAUGCAUUUGCUUCUAUUCUGCAGCGACCGUUGUCGUUGGAAGAGGCGAUGGAGGAGACUGAGCAGUGGCUGGCAGAGGCAGCAGAGGGGGCGAUGCGGAUGGUGCUUAUAGGACGGCGUCUGUAAAUAGUUACGACAAUUAUGAGUUAUGAUGAUGAUUUCAAUUAUACUCCUAUUCCAUAAAUAACAGGGUGAUAGACAGAGAGUACUCGGUAGCCUCAUCUCGCGGAUAGGAGAAAUCUCGGACCCAGUUUGAUGACGAUGAUCGCUUCGGAGAAAUGUCGAUAUUAAGCCUUGCUGGACUUAUUUAUGGGCC